CCCGCGGGCGUCGGGCAGGGUCGGCGGCGUCGGCAGCAGUGGCGGCGGCGGCGGCGGGUGGGAAAUGGCGGAGUACUUGGCCUCCAUCUUCGGCACCGAGAAAGACAAAGUCAACUGUUCAUUUUAUUUCAAAAUUGGAGCAUGUCGUCAUGGAGACAGAUGCUCUCGGUUGCACAAUAAACCGACCUUUAGCCAGUUGUUGCGUUUUGUAUUUCAGACCAUUGCCCUCUUGAACAUUUACCGUAACCCUCAAAACUCUUCCCAGUCUGCUGACGGUUUGCGCUGCGCGGUGAGUGACGUGGAGAUGCAGGAGCACUACGACGAGUUUUUUGAGGAGGUUUUUACAGAAAUGGAGGAGAAGUACGGCGAGGUGGAGGAGAUGAACGUCUGUGACAACCUGGGAGACCACCUCGUCGGGAACGUGUACGUCAAGUUUCGCCGUGAAGAAGACGCGGAGAAGGCCGUGAUCGACUUGAACAACCGUUGGUUUAACGGGCAGCCGAUCCACGCCGAGCUGUCCCCGGUGACCGACUUCAGAGAGGCGUGCUGCCGCCAGUACGAGAUGGGGGAGUGCACGCGGGGCGGCUUCUGCAACUUCAUGCACCUGAAGCCCAUCUCCAGAGAGCUGCGGCGGGAGCUGUACGGGCGCCGGCGCAAGAAGCAUAGAUCGAGGUCCCGGUCUCGGGAGCGUCGCUCUCGGUCUAGAGACCGCGGUCGCGGCGGCGGCGGUGGCGGCGGCGGCGGUGGUGGGGGACGGGAGCGUGACAGGAGGCGGUCGAGAGACCGUGAAAGAUCGGGGCGAUUCUGAGCCACGCCGUUUUUACCGUAUGUCUGCUAGGCAGUGUUGUAGUUGAUUGACCAAACCAGUUCAUAACGGGAAUUUUUUUUAAAAAACAACAAAAAAACACAAAGAUGGGUUUCUGAAUAAAAUUUGUAGUGAUACAGUA